GCGCCGGAAGUGGUGGUGGGCAGAGCGCGCGCGCGACGGGCGCGAUCGUCAGGGCCGGCUGCUAGCGGGGAUGCUGGCCGCGUGCGCCGUGACCCGCAAAGCGCAGCCGCCGCCCCCGGGCGAGAAGGACCCGCCGGCCAAGGCGAUGCGCAGGGGGCUGCGGCGGGGCCACGAGGAGUGGCCCGGAGAGAGCGGCGAGGCCGAGCGGGCGGCGGCGCUGAGCGAGGAGCGGCGGAGGCGGCAGCCGCGAGAACCGAGGGCGCCGGUGGCGGCGGGCGGGGCGGAGGAGCCGGAGGAGGAGCGCCUGGAGCGGGAGCAUUUCCGAAGGAUCAUCAACGCCUUCCGAUACUACGGAACGAAUAUGCAUGAACGAGUGAACAGAACAGAGAGACAGUUUAAAUCUCUCCCAGCUAACCAACAGAGUCUUCUUCCUCAAUUCCUUCCUCACCUUGACAAGAUUCGGAAGUGCAUUGAUCAUAAUCAACAGAUGCUACAGACUAUUGUGAAUGACUGCGCUCAUAUGUUUGAAAAUAAAGAAUAUGGAGAAGACGGAAGAGGGAAGAUUACACCAGCUUCAACAUUUGACAUGGAUAAAUUAAAAUCCACUUUGAAACAAUUUGUGAGAGACUGGAGUGAAGAGGGAAAGCCUGAGAGAGAUUCCUGCUACCAGCCAAUCAUUAGUGAAAUUGUAAAGAACUUCCCGAAAGAAAGAUGGGAUUUCUCCAAAGUUAAUAUCCUGGUACCUGGUGCUGGGCUAGGUAGAUUGGCGUGGGAAAUAGCUAUGCUCGGUUAUGCUUGCCAAGGAAAUGAAUGGAGCCUCUUUAUGCUCUUUUCUUCUAACUUUGUACUCAACAGAUGCUCUGAAAUUAACUCAUGUAAGCUUUAUCCCUGGAUUCAUCAGUUUAGCAAUAACAGAAGAUCUGCUGAUCAGAUACGGCCAAUUUAUUUCCCUGAUGUUGAUCCUCACAGUCUUCCUUCUGGUUCAAACUUCUCUAUGACAGCAGGGGAUUUUCAAGAAAUUUAUUCCGAGCAUAAUGCAUGGGACUGCAUAGCAACUUGCUUUUUCAUAGAUACAGCACAUAAUGUUAUUGAUUACAUUGAUACCAUAUGGAAAAUACUAAAGCCUGGAGGAAUAUGGAUAAAUGUAGGUCCCCUCCUUUACCACUUCGAAAAUUUGGGAAAUGAACUUUCUAUAGAAUUAAGCUACGAGGAUAUAAAAAAUGUCAUACUUCAAUAUGGAUUCCAUAUAGAGGUGGAGAAAGAAUCUGUACUGUCAACUUACACUGUGAAUGAACUCUCCAUGAUGAAAUACUACUAUGAAUGUGUGUUGUUUGUGGUGAGAAAACCAGAACAGAAGUGGUCUGAAUAGGUUGAUAGAAAAAAAUGUUGGCUUGAAAUGCAGAAAUGAGAGUAAAAAGGACUGGGUGAUGUCUGGACACAACCUCAAAUCAGUGGUGCCUUCUUAUUCGUAAUAGGAUUUAGAUAGUGUCUAUUUUCUUAAUAUCUUGCUAUCCAGACAUGUACUAUGCCAUGCAUUAUUUGUAAUAUACUUGUGAAAACAGAGGAGGAAUUCUUCACAUACACUGUCUUUGUGCUUUGGAAUGCAUUAAAAAUAAAAUAAAAAUAAAAGCAAAAACAUUUUCUUGAGAAUAAAGUGUAAUGUUUGCCAUAAAUAGGCUAAUUCUCUGCAUAUGCUGCCUGACUUUUCAUAGAUUCAUAAUGAUCUUUUUAUUUUUACUUUAAGGUACUAGCAAUGCAUAGAGGUGCUUACUGUAGUAGCUGUGUCAUUUAGAGAAGUAUUUCUAAAUGUGUACAUAAUUUAUGAAAUUUGAAUGGUUGGAAAGUGAUAAAGUUAUUCUUAAUAGAUAAAAUAGCCAUCAGAACUGUUAAAGCAUUUUCUGUAGAACUGAAAUGAAGUAGAUUAUUAUACAAAUUCUAAUCUUUGACUAUACCACUGUUAACAAUUUAAUCAAACCAGAAUCUAUAGGCAAUUCAAAAUACUAUGUGAAAGCAGAGUACUGAGUGAAGAAAAAGCAGCAUGUCACAAGGGAGUGGUAUGUUAACCUCAGUUCAGGAAUAACAUCAAUUCUGAUUAAUUUCUUGGUGUUAAAACUGAAAUACUUUAGAUGCUUUCACUGAGAGGUGUCACAUUAGCUGUUUUGUCUUCUUAAUGUACGGUUGCCUUAAGUACUAUUUUUAUCUCUUUCCAAAAAUAUAAAAACAUUGUGAAAAGGAGUCAUGGGGUUUUUCACAUUUGGUCAUAAUGGCACUGGACAAUAGCUUGUUUUGUUUACUAUUGUUUUUAGUCCUGUUUUUCAUGGUCAUCAUGUCCUAAUCGCAUUUCUUUAAUAGAUAUGUUACUGGCUUUAGGAUUUUUCCAAUUAGAGCUAGAAAUUUGUGCUUUUUUUCCUAAAUUGAAAGUCUGCAAGGAGGGAAAAUGCAAACUUCUAGCGUCAACACUGCAUACAAGAGCCCACGCCUGGGUAUGUUUCAGUACUGUGCCUCUUUCUGCUUAGAAUCCUCAUUGAAAGUAAAGGCUCUGGUCCACAGACUCAUUCAAUCAGACCUUUCCUUAGUCUUAUUUGAACUCUUCCUCCUGAAAGAUUUAGCACCGUAAAUGAACUGUGAAAGUUCUACCUACCCUGCUCCAAGAAAAAAGUGUUUAAAGAUGAAACACUGCCAUUGCAACAAGUAGAUUAAAAUAAAAGCCUUUACACACCUAAAAAUAGUUUUAAAAAUUGCGUUAUUUUCCUUAUUUCACUCUUUAUUUUUUGAGGGACUUUGUGAUUCUUUGCUUUCACUGUUUCCCCCCCGCCCCCAUAGAAAGAAUGUGAGUAGCAUUUUACUUGAUUUUCAAGCUUGAAAUAAGACGUUAAGUGAAUCCUGGGUGUUCCGUUGCAGGGUUGUGUAUAUAUCUCUAAUAUUACCCAAUUUCUGCCUCUCACCCAGUCUAGCUAGUGCGGACAGGUGGUAUUCUUGUGUUUUAACACAUAGGCAGGUGAACUCGAGCUUCAGUAUCAAUACCCUUUGUUCUGGUAGUUCUGUUCUUUGCCACCCCACCUUGUCACAAGCACCAUUUUUCGGGCUUGGAACAUGUUUUAGGUCAGGUAUAUAUUUACAUGCUUCUAUUUUUAAUCUAGAAAACACCAGUUUUCCCCAGUGUUGUCCUUUUAAAUUGGAACAUUCAUAUUAAGAGCUGGAAGCAGAAGAAUCUUGUGAAUAAACUGUUAUGAGUUAGUGUUUUACCUGCAGUCCUAUUUGAGUUAUUCAAAUUCAUUGCUUGUAUUUUUAUGCACGGGGAUACUUAAUGUGAUUUAAUGUGAUCACAUUUGUCUUUACAGCGGUAAAAAUGCUUACUGUGUUUUAUCUGCUGAAGCCAAGACCGUUUAAUUUAGGUCACUGUUAAACCGUACGUGGUAUCGGCUGUGAAUGCCGCAUAAUCUUCAGUGUAAUACUUAAUAACACGUGGUGGGUUUGUCAAACUUGAACUGUCCUGUAAUUUAUUUUUAUGUAAAAUAUAAAAUAAUCAGCGACGAGGGUGGAAGUGGGAGGUUUUGUGUCUCUGCAUGACCUCGUUGCUGUAACAGACCUGCUUUUACUUGGAUAUUAAAGUUCGUAGCGUGA